AUGACAAUGACUCAGGUGAUAGACAUUUUCAAUUCAAAAGGUUUUACCGUGCAAGAGAUGGUGGCUCUAAUUGGUUCACACACAAUAGGAUUUUCUCAUUGCAAAGAAUUCAGCAAUAGAAUAUUCAAUUUCAGCAAGACAACUGAAGUAGACCCUGCUUAUAACCAAGGGUAUGCUUCAGGGCUUAGGGAUCUCUGCAAAAAUUACAAAAAUGACCCUACAAUGUCGGCAUUUAACGACGUGAUGACACCUGGUCUUUUGGCUACUGAUAGUUUGAUGGCUGUAGACAACAGGACAAAACCGUUUGUGGAUUUGUAUGCUGAAAAUCAAAAAAAGUUCUUUGAGGAUUUUGGUCAUGCAAUGCGUAAGGUUAGUGUUAUGAAUGUUAAGGUUGGGAAAGCAGGAGAGGUACGACAUAGGUGUGAUUCUUUCAAUGAGCUUGAUGUUAAUUGA